AUGUGGGAGGCUUUCAAUGCCCUUCUGGCCGUUUUGAUAUAUGGGAUCGUGAUGUUUCCUAACAUUCACAAGUUCGUCGAUUUGGCGGCUAUAUGCCUCUUUAUGGAUAAGAAUCCAGUCCCUACUCUAUUGGCCGAUACAUACUAUUCUAUUCACUCUCGGCAUGGGAAAAGGGGAGCUAUCCAAGGGUGCUUGCCAUUACUAUACAUCUGGUUCAAGUCUCAUCUGCCUACAAGUGGUCCGUUCGUUACUUCUAUUCAAAAGUGGUCUCAAAGAAUCAUGGGACUUACUGCGAACGACAUUGUGUGGUAUCAACUCCGAACAGGUAUAUCUGAAGUCAUUAUUAGGUGUGGAAACUUUGGUAAUGUCCCACUCAUUGGGACAAGAGGAUGUAUUAACUAUAACCCAGUUCUUGCUCUUCGGCAGUUGGGUUAUACCUUGAAGGGUGCCCCUUUGGAUAUGGAGAUCCACCAAUCCCUGUAUUUUGAAAAGGGAACUGACCCCGUAGCACUUGAGGAAAUCAGGAAGGCUUGGAAUAAUAUCCGCAUAGGCGAGAGAUCCACUUUGGGAGCCAAGAAUGCUAUUGCCAUGGAGCCUUACACUGAUUGGGUUAAGGAGAGAGUCAAGACACUUCGGUUACCAUUCCCGGAGGUUCCUCUCUUGUAUGCACAACCUCCAAAGAUAUUAGAAGCUAUGGUGCCGAGGGAACGUUUUGACCAAGUCCGCGUCGCCAAUUUGAGAUUGGAAGAGAAAGAUAGGGAUACGGAUUUGAAACACUACUUCAUUAAGCAGACAAAGAAUGAGUUGGCCCGUGAACUUAAAAUGCUAAAAGGAGAAUCUUCCCAAGUCAGGAAGAGGACCAGAACAGAUAGAGGUGGGAAAGCUGCUGCUGUUUUUACUGAAGACCCUCAAGAAGUCAUAGAAAAGGCUGUAAAGGAAGCAGAGGAAAAACUCAAACGUGAAUACCAAGAGGACUUGAAAGCCCACAAACUCCAACUGGAAAAAGAGACCAAAUAUAAGCUGAGGACUAUGAAAAAGAAGCUUGAAGAGGAAACUGCCCGGAGGAUGGUAGUUGAGAAGAAGCUUGAGGAGGAAAUUACCCAAAGGAUGGCAGUUGAGACACAGCUUAAAGGUAGUCAUCUCCGCUCCGCUCGACUAACAGAAGAGAAUGUCAAGCUCAGAGAGCAAAGGACAGAUAUGGAGAAUGCACCCGAGAAGACUUAUCUCCCAUAA